AUGCAGGGAGUGGCGGGCGAGGCCCGCCGCGGGUCCCGGGGACGGUGCCGGGGGGCAGGCGUCGCCGAGCUCCCGGGACGGGCGGGCAGGCCGUCCGCCGAGCGUCCCGGGGCGUUUGCCGGGACGACUGCGGGCAGGCCGUCCGCCGAGCGUCCCAGGACGGGCCGGGCCAGGCGUCCCGGGCCGGGGAGGCGUCCGAGGAACGCCCGGGUGGGCAGGGCGUCGCCCACGGGAGGUCCCGGGGACGGGCGGGGCAGGCCGUCCCGCCGAGCGUCCCGAGGGGACCCUGCGGGGCCCAGGCGGGUCCGCCGAGCGUCCGGGACGGGCGGGCAGGCGUCCCGCCGAGCGUCCCGGGACGGGAGGGCAGCGUCCGGGCCGGGCGGGUCCAGGGGACGGGCCGGGCAGGCGUACGGGCCGGGAGGCGUCCCGAGGACGGGCGGGCAGGCGUCCGCCGCGGGUUCCCGGGACGGGCGGGGCAGGCGUCCGCCGCGGGUUUUUCCCCGGGUGGGACGGGCGGGCAGGCGUCGACCGACGUCCGACGGGCCCGGGCAGGCGUCCGCCGAGCGUCCCGGGACGGGCGGGCCAGGCCGUCCCGCCCGGGCAGGUUCACGGGACCCGGGCGGGAAGGGCGUCGCCGGGCCGGUCCGACGGGCAGGGCAGGGGAGGUCCCGGGCCGGCGGGUCCUGGUACGCGGCGGGCAGGCGUUCCGCCGAGCGGUCCCCGGGAGGGACGGGCCGGGCCGGGGGGCCGGUUCAGGCCGGAGCGUCCCGGGAUGGGCGGGCAGGCAGUCCGCCGAGCGUCCCGGGACGGGCGGGCAGGCGUCAGCCCCUAGGCGUUAUCCCGGGAACGGGCGGGACAGGCCGUCCGCGACGUCCGGGACCUCGGCGAGCCAGUUCCGCUGAGCGUUCCGGGAACGGGCGGGUUGCAAGGCGUCCGCCGAGCGUCCACGGGAACUGGGCGGGCAAGGCGUUCCCGCCGAGCGUCCCGGGACGGGUUGGUGCAGGCGUCCGCCCGGGUCCAGACGGGUCCCGGGCAGGCGUCCGGGCGGGUACCGGCGGGACCGGGCCGGGCAAGGCGUCCCGGGCCGCGGUCCGGGACGGGCGGGAGGCAGGCGUCCGCCGCGGUCCUCGGGACGGGCGGGCAUGGCCCGGGGGUCCGGCGCGGGAAAAGCUCUCCUGUUUUCCUUUUCGGGAAACCGCGUGUUCCGGGUUCCCGCUCUAG